AUGGAGGAGCAAGCUGUAGUGUUGGAGAAGGUGUCAUGGUCUAUAGACAUGAAACAACGAUUUGACAAUGAACUGUCCAAAAUUCGAGUUAAUAUUGUAAAAAACAGUAUUUUCUUAACCGAAACUACUUACCAGAAUUUAAUAAAUGAUGUGCAAAAAGCCAAAAUGACUACUAAGAAGGAACCCAGGGACUAUUGGUUGCUGAAUCGCUAUGAUGUGCUGAUUAUAGAAAACAAAAGUAAAUUCAUUUAUCCUGUUAAAGAAGGCAUCAGUAAUAUACAGUAUUACGUUACGGUGUUAUUUCACUCAGAGUUAUUUCACGUACUUCAUAAAGCUCAUUUGGCUAUUGGACACGGAGGACGUGAUAGAAUAUUGAAAGAACUUUCAACCAAAUACAAAAACGUUACACGUCAUGAUAUUGAACUGUACAUCCACCUUUGUGAACCUUGCCAGAAAAAACAGAAAGGUAUUAAAAAGGGCAUUGUUGUUAAACCUAUGAUUUUUUUAGAAUUUAAUUCCCGUUGUCAGGUAGAUCUGAUUGACUUUCAGUCUCAGCCAGAUAGAGAAUACAAAUUUAUUAUGAUGUACCAAGAGCAUCUCACAAAAUUUGUGAUUCUUAAGUCUCUGACGUCAAAAAGAGCUGAAGAAGUAGCCUAUAACCUAGAGGACAUAUUCUCGUUGCUUGGAGCACCAUCUUUAUUACAGAGUGACAAUGGUAGGGAAUUUGCAAAUAAUGUGGUGACCAGCUUGAAGAAGUUUUGGCCAGCACUAAAGAUCGUCCAUGGGAAGCCUCGCCAUUCACAAAGCCAGGGUAGUGUCGAAAGAGCUAAUCAAGAUAUCGAAAAUAUUCUCUUACUUGGAUGCAGGACAACAAAUCUGACCGCUGGAGUGAAGGACUACGUUUUGUUCAAUUUAUGA